CUAAAACACAACUUAACUUCCUACUUCCACGUUCUCUUAAGCCAAACAUGGGUCUUCUCGAUAUCGUUCCAGCUGGCGUUUUGACUGGCGAGAAUGUGAUUAAGGUGUUUGAUUAUGCUAAAGAACACAAGUUUGCGAUCCCCGCCAUUAAUGUCACAUCUUCAUCAACAGCCAACGCUGUCUUGGAAGCUGCGAGAGACAUCAAAGCACCGAUCAUCCUGCAGGUCUCUCAGGGUGGUGCCGCAUACUUUGCUGGCAAAGGCCUCGCGAACGACAAGCAACAAGCGUCUAUCGCGGGUGCCGUUGCUGCUGCCCAUCAUAUUCGAACCGUAGCUAAAGCUUAUGGCGUGCCUGUCAUUCUUCACUCCGAUCACUGUGCACACAAACUUCUUCCCUGGUUCGACGGGAUGCUCGAAGCCGACGAAGCAUACUACAAGGAACAUCAAGAGCCUCUCUUCUCGUCACACAUGCUAGACCUUUCCGAAGAGCCCAAAGAAGAAAACAUUGCAACGUGCGUCAAGUAUUUCAAACGUAUGGCUCCUCUCGGUAUCUGGCUCGAGAUGGAGAUCGGUAUCACCGGUGGCGAAGAAGACGGCGUAGACAACACUGGUGUUGACAACGCCGCCCUUUACACUCAACCCGAGGACAUCUGGGACGUCUACACUGCUCUCAGCGAGGUCGGUCCCGGUUUCUCGAUUGCUGCCGGCUUUGGAAACGUGCAUGGAGUGUACAAGCCAGGUAACGUGAAACUUCAACCGGAUCUACUUGGAAAGCACCAGGACUAUGCGAAGGCCAAGUUGGGCGCUAAGGCAAAGAAUGAGAAGCCUCUGUUCCUCGUCUUCCACGGUGGAUCCGGUUCCACAAAAGAGGAGAUCAAGACUGCCGUCGGUAACGGUGUCGUCAAGAUGAACGUCGACACUGACACCCAGUUCGCAUACCUCGCUGGUAUCAGGGACUUCGUCCAGAAGAAGAAGGAUUACCUUCAAUCUCAAGUUGGUAACCCAGAGGGACCUGAUAAGCCUAAUAAGAAGUACUAUGACCCUCGUGUCUGGGUUCGUGAAGGCGAGAAGACACUCUCAGAGCGUGUCAAGGAGGCUUGUAAAGAUUUGGGCAAUGUCGACCGUCUUUGAAGCGUGAACUAUACGAGGCUGGCAACCAGGCAAAUGAAUAAAGAAAGACGAAAUGGCUGUAAUCAGUCUGUAUACGGGAAAUCUGAGCUAUCAAUGUCAAAAUCGUGAAAGU